AUGCCUUCUCCAACCUCUUCGUCCCACAAGGGUACAAAAGCAACAGCCUCAUCCCCCAACAAGCAGACAUCUCGACCACCACCUCAACCAGCAAAGCGACCUGCAAACUGGGUUGCCAAGCAUGACGCCUUCAUUCGCGAACAGGCUCAUAACGGUGAAGACGCAGAGAGUAUCCGCAUCCUGUUCGAGGUCGAAUACCCUGGUGUCAUUGUGAGCAAGGCGUGGGUUUUGGAGAGGAUGAAGGCGACCGUCGUGGGCAGGUAG